CUAUGAGUUCACCUCGUGACUCCUCAUCUGUUUCACUUCACUUUUUCUCAACACCGGCUGAAGCGUUGAGAAGUGAACACCAUGAACACCUUGCUUUUGUUUGCUUUAGUGUCCGCGGCUUCGACUUUUCCCCUGUCUGAACAAGACGAGUUUCACUUCAAGUCAUGGAUGGUACAGCACAACAAAGAGUACAGCCUGAGGGAUUACUCUCAGAGACUCCAGAUAUUCACUGAGAACAAGAGGAGGAUUGACAAACACAAUGAAGGGAAUCACUCUUUCACAAUGAGGCUGAACCAGUUUUCAGACAUGACAUUCAGUGAGUUUAAGAAGACAUUCCUCUGGUCUGAGCCACAGAACUGCUCCGCUACCAAAGGGAGCUACCUGAGCAGCAACAGUCCAUAUCCAGACUCCAUUGACUGGAGGAAGAAAGGAAAUUAUGUGACUGAUGUGAAGAAUCAGGGGGGGUGCGGCAGUUGCUGGACUUUUUCAACAACCGGCUGUUUGGAGUCCGUUACUGCUAUCGCAACCGGGAAGCUCGUGCCACUGUCAGAACAACAGCUGGUGGACUGUGCCAAAGACUUCAACAACCAUGGAUGUAACGGGGGUCUUCCCAGUCAAGCAUUUGAGUACAUCAUGUACAACAAGGGACUGAUGACAGAGAAGGACUACCCAUACACAGCUUUUGAAGGUGCUUGCGUGUAUAAACCAAAACUGGCAGCUGCUUUUGUGAAGGAAGUGGUGAACAUAACAGCGUACGAUGAGAUGGGAAUGGUGGAUGCUGUCGCCACACGCAAUCCUGUCAGUUUUGCCUUUGAGGUGACCUCGGACUUCAUGCAUUACCACCAGGGCGUGUACACCAGCACUGAAUGCCACAAUACCACAGACAAGGUGAAUCAUGCGGUGCUAGCAGUCGGGUAUGGAAAUGACAAUGGCACCCCUUACUGGAUAGUGAAGAACUCAUGGUCAUCCACCUGGGGGAUUGAUGGGUAUUUCCUCAUUGAACGUGGGAAGAACAUGUGUGGACUUGCUGCCUGCUCAUCUUUCCCAGUGGUGUGAUUUCUGCAUGAUAGCAAACUACAAAAGGGCUGAAAAGGGAGCAGAAUUAAACAUUUUUUUAAUUAUUAUUAUGUGUUUUUAUGUGAUCACCAGCCUGCUGUGAUUCCAUGUGAACUGGAUUCUUUUGCACAUUGAAACAAAUCUCAGCAUCCAGUAAAACACUAUGAGAGGAUAGUACAAGUCAUAUCAGAUUAAUCAAUAGCUUAAGUGCCAAUCAUUCAAUUCAUUGUUCUUAAAUUCACAAAUAAAAUCUAUCACGUCUG